AUGCCAAAUGUUGGUUACCCGUUCUCUUCCACCCUUACGCACAGAAAACUUACCUUGGAGUUGGACGAGAAGACUGCGCGCAUUGCACAGCUAGACAGCCAACUGACUGACUUACAACAUCUGUGUUCAACGAAAGAUCAGGAAAUUGUCUCGUGGAAAACACAGACUAAUGCGUUACGCAAAGAUUUAGCCGAACAUGAGCAAGUGGUGCAUACCCUCGAGUCUCAGUGCGCUCUGCUCAAUCAGACCGUCUCAGAAUCUGAGGGGCGAGUACGUCGACUACAAUGCGAAAAUGAGGAGACGUGUCGUGAAUUAACCGAUCUCCGAGGUCUGUGUGAUCGUCUGGAGCGUCAGUCCCAUACGACGCAGCACCAGCUGACCACAGGCUCUUUGGAAACCGAACAACUCCGGGCCCAAUUGAUUGAGGCUGAACGUGAACUGGUCCGACUGCGCAAACAGGUACACACUAUCUAG